AUGGAUUCUGGUGGGACCACAAAGUCCAACCAAACGCUGGUGAUGGAGUUCAUCCUGCAGGGAUUCUCAGAGCACCCUACACUGCGCCAGCCUCUGUUUGGCUGCUUCCUGGUGCUCUACACUGUGGCUCUCACGGGCAACAUUCUCAUUGUUACAGUUGUGGGCCAUAGUGCUGUCCUCCACAGUCCCAUGUACUUCUUCCUGUCCAACUUGGCCACCAUGGACAUCAUCCUCACCUCCACCAUCCUUCCCAAGGUGCUGGUGGGUUUGGUUGUGCGAGAAAACACCAUCUCCUAUGUGGGCUGUAUGACCCAGCUCUUCUUCAUAGUGUGGUCCGCGUCCUCUGAAUUGCUACUGCUUUCAGUCAUGGCCUUCGACCGCUACGUGGCCAUCUGCCGCCCGCUGCACUACAGCACCAUCAUGAGUCCACAGUUGUGCGUGGCACUAGCUGUGAGCGUUUGGGGCAUCUGCGCCUUCAACUCCUUGCUUAACACCAAUCUGACUGCACGACUGACCUUCUGUGGCCCCCGCAUCAUCACACACUUCUUCUGUGAAAUCCCACCGCUGCUGCUCCUCUCCUGUAGCACCACACGAGUGAACAGUAUCAUGACAGUUUUGGCUGACAUCUUUUAUGGCUUCAUCAAUUUCCUGCUCACACUGACAUCUUAUGGGUACAUAUUGGCCAGCAUCCUGCGCAUCCGCUCAGCUGAGGGCAAGCGCCGCGCUUUCUCCACCUGCUCCUCCCACCUCAUUGUGGUCUCUGUGUACUACACAGCUGUGUUCUGUGCCUACAUCAGCCCUGCCUCCAGCUACAGCCCUGAAAGAAGCAAAGUGGCAGGGGUGCUGUAUACUGCGCUGAGUCCCACCCUGAAUCCACUCAUUUACACGCUGCGGAAUGCAGAGGUCCAGAGGGCCCUGAGCAAGCUCCUUCCCUUCUGUAGAUGGUGA